GAAAAAUACUAAAAAAACGCAACCCUGAUGGCACCCGUGAACAGAAGCUAAUGGAGCCCAUGGAGAAAGUGUGGGAAAUUCUGCUUAGUGCUGACAAGAAAGACUACGAGCGUAUCUGUAUUGAAUAUGGCAUCACAGACUUCCGUGGCAUGCUGAGGAGACUCACUGAAAUGAAAAAAGAGAAAGAGAGGGAGAUAGCACAGUUUAUUUCACACAUCAGUUCAUUAAAACCAAUUGAAGUCAGCCAUGAUGACUGUGCAACAAUCGAGCUGGACAUGGAUCUCAAGGAUCCCAGUAGCAAGGUUUUCCUCUACAAGGAUGGUGUGAUGGUUCCAUUCAGUGAAGAUCUGGGGACGGAGCAGAAGCAUUUUCUGAAACAAGUUGGAAAAAAAUAUGUUUUCACCAUUAAAAAUCUUAGUUCACAAGAUGCUGGACUCUACUCAGUGGAUGUAGAGGGUGUCAAUGUGUUCUCCACAGAUUUUAAAGUUCCCAGUGUUGACUUUGCAGUCAAAAUGCUGGAGGUUAAGGCAGAAGAAAGGCAAGACGCCCUCUUUCAGUGUGUCCUAACUGCACCUUUGGAUGAAUUAAAGUGGUUUGGCAAGAAUGCUCCUCUGAUAAACGAUGAGAAACAUGAAAUCAUCGUGUCUGAAGAUAAGCUAAUCCACAAGUUGAUUGUGAGGGAUUGUAUGCCUUUGGACGCUGGUAUCUAUGCAGCUGUGGCAGGAAUAAAAUCAUGUAAUGCCUGGCUUAUAGUAGAAGACCCGGGUGUUCACUUUCAUGCUGCGCUUUCUGACUGCAAGGCCAUAGUGGGCGAGGCAGCAGAGAUUCAGUGCAAACUGAGCCGUGAGGAUUGUGAGGGCAACUGGUACAAAGAUGGAGAAGAGCUUAAGUCGUCUGAGGAUAUAACCAUUAGUAAGGAGGGAAGCUUCCACAGACUUAAAAUUCACAAAGUCACAGAGGAGCAUGCUGGGAAAUAUCGAUUUGAGGCAGAUGGCCGGAAAACUGAGGCAGUGAUUGUUGUUGAAGAUCCACCUAGAUUUGACACUGAGGAAUUGAAGACUUUUACAACUCCGAUAACUGUGAAAAAAGGCCAAAAAGCAACCUUCAAAUUAGCUUACAUCGGACGGGAGCCUUUUAAGGUUCAGUGGUACCACGAGGGUGAAGAACUGUCUGAUGAAACAAACAUCAAGAUAGAGCACACAGAUGGUUGCAGCCGUCUGCUACUAAACAAGCUACAGCGCAAAGACAGCGGUGAAAUCAAGAUAAAAAUCAAAAAUGAGUUUGGCAUUAUUGAGGCCCUUAGCCAGCUAACUGUGUUAGCGUACCCUGGACCCCCAUCAGCACCAAAGAUUGUUAGUGCAUUCAAGGACUGCAUCAAUCUCUCUUGGUCUCCCCCUUCCAAUACCGGAGGAACCAAUAUUCUGGGCUAUAACCUGGAGAAACGCAAGAAGGGCAGCAACCUGUGGGGGCCUGUCAAUCCGCCUGAUGAGAUGAUCAAAGGGAAGGGAUACGCUGUUAAAGAUGUGAUUGAGGGUCUGGAGUAUGAAUUCCGUGUGGCUGCAAUCAAUAACUCUGGAGCGGGUGAAUCCAGUGCUCCAUCUGAGUUUGUGUUCGCCAGGGAUCCCAAAAAGCCUCCUGGUAAAGUCAUUGACCUGAAGGUGACAGAUUCCACCUACACAACCUUGUCCCUCUCUUGGAACCCACCCAAGGAAAUUAAGGGGGUUGAAGAUGAAGCUAAGGCAUAUUUUGUGGAGAUCAGACCAGCGGAAAACCCAGAGUGGGAUCGCUGCAAUACAAAUGCCAUCAUCAUGACAACCUACACUGUGAAAGGCAUGAAGUCCAUGGCCAUGUACUGGGUGAGAGUCAUUGCUACUAAUGAUGGAGGGGCAGGAGAGUCACAAGAAUUGGAUAACUACAUCCUAGCCAUGCCUCCCCCUGUGAGGCCACGCUUCACUGAUGCCAAAAUCAAGAGUUUCAUGGUGGUGAGAGCAGGGAACUCUGCACGUUUCAACAUUAACUUUGAGGCCUCACCUUGGCCUGAAGUUACUUGGCUGAAAGAUGGAGCGCCAGUGUCCAAAAGGGUGACUAUUAGCAAUGCUGAGGGUGCAUCUCAACUUUUCAUCGCUUCCGCUGAACGUUCGGAUACUGGCAUCUACAUUGUUGUUGUCAAGAACAUUGUAGGCCAAGAGACAUUCAGCAUUGAAAUUAGAGUCACAGAUGAGCCCAAGCCACCAGGUCCUGUAGAGACUGAUGAACAUGUGCCUGGCACAGUGACCAUUUCAUGGGAACCCUCUCCAGAUGAGAAGCGUGACGACAGGUUGCACUACAUGGUGACCAAGCGUGACUCAAACAAAAGAACAUGGCAUACUGUAGCAGACCACAUCUUCAACAACAAAUUCACAGCCUGCAACAUAAUGCCGGGCAGAGAGUACCAGUUCCGUGUCUAUGCUAAGAAUGACAUGGGCUCCUCCAAACCCAUUGAAUCACCCAAGUGGUCAGUCUCUAGCAAAAAAGAGAAGUUCGUGUUGAACAUACCGGAGACUAAGGCCUGCAACUUGGAGCGUCCUCCCAAGUUCAUUGUCCCACUGAAAACACACACUGCUCCUCAAGGGUAUGAGUGCUACAUGAGCUGUGCAAUAAGAGGAGAGCCAACACCACAUGUGACAUGGCUCCGCAACAACAUCAGCCUGAAUACUAACACCAACUACUACAUAUCCAACACCUGUGGUGUCUGCUCACUGCUCAUACUGAGGGUGGGACCGAAGGACACAGGAGAGUACAAGGUCAUUGCUGAGAACCCCCUGGGCAGGGCAGAAUGUUCCACUAAACUCACAGUCAGAGAAUAAAUCCACACGAUGAAGAUGGCUAUGUCCUUUUCAAAUAAAAUAAUAGAGGCUCUGUUGUUUGUGUUCAAGUGAUGCAUUCUUUUGAAAGCCAUCUUGUCAUCUCAUGCAUAUUGUCAUGUAAUUUAAAUACUCUCUGGUAUGUGUUUUGUCUCACAGCUAAAAUGACUUAACAUUUUGAUGCAUCAGUUCUUUUGAUUUGAGUAAAUUAAAUUAU